UAAGUGUUUGAUAAACGCAAAAGUAAUUCAGUGCGGUAUUGACCUCUUUAAUAGGCUCAACUUGUUUUUUCUUCAUAUAAAUACACAAGUUGGUAGUUUAUAGGGUCCACUAUCUCGCACUGAUUAUAUAUUGUAAGUGAAUGACCGUAAUUAAAAAUUCAACGUGUGUGUUUUCCUGGAGAAGCUUUUCGCAUUGUUCGACCUAGAUAGAGACGGAUUAUUAAAACAAGAGGAGUGGAUCGAAUUCUUGAAAGGCCGACUGACACAUGAAAAACAGCUUGACUUCAUUGACCAAAUCGAAAGCGUCGCCUAUGUGUUAUGCGGCGAGGAACCUAUAAAUUUCACCACUUUUCGCCAGAUAUUCCAUGCUAAAGGAAUUAUUGAGAAAUUAUUAAAACUCAUCGAUGUUGAGUGCACAGGCAGCGUAACACCUGAACAAAUCAUGGAGUUUAUUGCAACGAUAAGUAGCCCAAGGUCGCGAAUAGGCUUUGACGAACGAAAUUUAGAAUGGCUUGAAAAAAUUUUUAAGCAAACUGUUGGAAACGAAAAAGAAAUCAGGAGAGAGGAAUUCCAAAAAAUUGUCACCUCGAAAAAUCCAUUUUUUACGGAAAGAGUAUUUCAAAUCUUCGACAAAGACAACUCCGGUACUGUAUCACUUCAAGAAUUCCUCGAUGCUAUGCACCAGUUUGCAGGCAAAACUCCCAACGAUAAAAUCAGAUUCCUCUUUAAAAUCUACGACAUUGAUGGGGAUGGACUAAUCCAGUUGCGUGAGCUCGAGCACGUACUGCGCGCUUGCAUGGAAGAAAAUGGAAUGAAAUUCAGCGAUGAGCAAAUUGAGGAUUUAACGGUUGCCCUUUUCGAAGAUGCUGACAAGGGAAGUCGUGGAGCCAUUACCUUUGAGGCGCUCAAGCGGCAACUUGAGAAGCACGAAGGUCUUUUAGAAAACCUCACGAUUAGCAUAGACAGAUGGCUCGUUCCACCAAAGCCAGAAACGCCUAAAAGACAGUAUCCACAACUCUGUCCAAAACUUCCAUAUCAACUAACAAAGCCAUAUUUGAAAAAUAACUACGUGAAGAUGACAUUCAUAGCUUGUUUUUUUAUCAUCAAUUUUGCUCUCUUCGUUUCAAGGGCUUAUCAAUACAGACACGCAAAUGGAUACAUCAUACUCGCCCGAGCUUGCGGCCAAUGCUUAAAUUUUGAUUGUAUGUUCGUGCUCGUACUGAUGCUACGACAAUGCAUAACAUUCUUAAGGACUCACGGGUUUAGCUGGGUACUCCCGCUUGACAAUCACAUAUACCUGCAUAAAAUGACGGGUGCACUAAUUGGUGUAUUUAGUGUCAUCCAUACAGUCAUGCAUCUUCUUAAUAUCGGUACGGUUGUUAUAAACGAUCAUGAGUACUUGAAUCACGCAAACUAUACGAUGUCGGAGUGGUUACUUACAAGUAGACCGCACAUGUUUGGUCUGGUGGCUGGUGGUGCUAAUCCCACAGGCGUUGCCUUAAUUGUCAUUCUUGCCAUCAUGACCGUAUGCUCACUACCGUUCGUUCGUAGAGGAGGCUGCUUUGAGGUAUUUUACUGGUCGCACCUACUGUACAUACCAUUCUGGAUUCUUAUGAUCUUCCAUGGGCCGAAUUUCUGGAAGUGGUUCGUGGUACCAGGGUUAAUCUACGUGAUUGAACGUAUCCGCAGGAUAGCUUGGGUUCACGCUCAACGUGGUAAAACAUAUAUCAGCUCGGGAUUGUUAUUACCAUCUAAGGUCACGCAUUUGGUGAUUAAACGACCUCCAAACUUCGAUUUUCGUCCUGGUGACUACGUUUUUGUCAAUGUACCAGUCAUUGCCAAGUACGAAUGGCAUCCAUUCACCAUUAGUAGUGCUCCUGAACAAGAAGAAUAUAUGUGGCUACACAUCAGAGCUGUUGGUGAAUGGACUAACAGUCUCUACUCUUACUUUGAGAAGGAGCAACAAAAACUCCAUCGGGGUGAAAUUCUUCCAGUUGAAAAUUGUACAAAAGUAUCACCAUGUAAGAUUGUAAGGAAUAUUCCAAUAAUGUUGGAAAAGAAGUUCUCUAUCGAUUCCCUCAAUCAUCCUAGUGGAAUUGUAAAUCCUUCAUAUUCGUCGGAUCACGAAAGACUAUCAUCAAAUCAAACUAUAAAUUCAACUGAUUCGUUUACAACCGCCUCAGAAACGAAUACGCCAGCAAAAGCUUCGCAAGAAAAGAGGAUUCACCAGCUGGUUCUGGGAAAUAAAAUUCCUUUUGAGAAAUCACUAUCUAUGCCAGAUAUGCAAACAAAAACUAAAAAAAGAGAGAGGAUUAUGGCGCUUCGAGAUUACAUGAGAUCUGAAUCUGAAAGAAGCUUCGACGAAACGUUAAUGCGGCGUGCAAGACUGAAGUCUCUAGGCUUGGCUUAUUUGAGUCCACAGAAUAAGUCAUUAGCGCAGAGUUUUCGUUACAUGCGCACCAAACCAACUAUAAUCGCGUUCAAAACUCCCAGCUUGGAGAACUGCGACUACGAACUCCAGUCUUCGACUUCCAAAUCAACAGUUGACGAGAAUGAGCAGAAAACAAUGACGCCCACAGUACGAGCUGCUAUAGCCGAAGAAGGUAGAGUAGGACAAGAUUGUGCAAUCGAUAAGAGGAGACCAAGCUCCUCCAGAGGUGUCAAGUGCGAGAUAUUUUGUCAUACACCCAUGAAUUAUCCCGUAGGAAAGCCGCUUGAAAUCUAUUUAGACGGGCCUUACGGAGCACCAUCAAGCCACAUUUUUCAAGCUCAGCACGCAGUGUUGAUUGCCACGGGUAUCGGAGUCACACCAUUCGCUUCGAUUCUUCAGUCGAUUAUGCAUCGUUAUUGGAAGGCUCGUCACACUUGUCCCAAAUGUACAUUCUCAUGGGCGAGCGAAAUUCCUGCGACAAUCAUGAAACUACGAAAGGUUGACUUCUUUUGGAUCAAUCGAGAUCAGCGUUCAUUCGAGUGGUUCGUCAAUUUACUCUCGCAACUCGAGAUGGAACAGGCCGAACUUGGUGCUACGAUGGAACGUUUUCUAGAGAUGCAUAUGUACAUAACAAGCGCUUUGCAAAAGAGCGAUAUGAAGGCUGUCGGCUUGCAGCUUGCUCUCGAAUUACUUCAUGAAAAAGAAAAACGAGACCUCAUAACUGGACUAAAGACCCGUACGAACGCAGGCCGACCAAACUGGGACAAAGUUUUCAAACAGUUGCAAUUACAGAAGAAAGGCAAGGUGACGGUCUUCUAUUGUGGUCCACCGCAGCUUGGUCGUAUUUUACGAUACAAGUGCGAUCAGUUUGGCUUCAACUUCCGCAAGGAAUCGUUUUAAAUUUUUUUUAUUUUCGCUCGAAUGAGCUUGAUUGUUAUUUUUUACAGAUUAUUUCUCAACGGCUUUUACUCAAAAUCAUUUACAAUACUUUAAUGCGAACAUUUCAUUUUUUAAUCUAUAUUAUAGCCUUUAUUAUUGUACGUUAAAUAUAGAAAUUAUUCGUUUGUUUAUUUAUUAUUAAAUUAUCAUUGCUUACUCUUAGCUUGAAUUUUUUAGCAAAGUUAACGAGGACGAUUCACCUUUUGGUGUGUGUGUGUAACUAUUGAAUUUUUUAAGAAUUUACUGUGUAUGAUUUACUAUUAUACUUAUUCAGUUUUAUUAUCAGAACUCUCUAUUUUUAUAAGAUCUUAACGAAAGCAUAACUUACAGUGAAAGAUGAUAGUAUUAUAAAUAGUGAAAAUGUUGAAAAUUUUCUUUGUGCUUCUUUUUAAUAUAGAAGUAUAAGCACUGAUAGCUACUGAGCAUCUCAACUCGUUAGAAAUAAACAUAAGUUCCACGAUUAGAAGCCUUAUCAGCA